AUGUCGUCGCCCGUUUUCACCUCCUGGCAGCAGGCUUGGGAUAAUGCGCAACCCCGUCUCUCUCUCAUCAAGGAAACUCUCAUAUCUUCAACGAUACCAACUCCCCGAGUCACACGCGUCGGCCAGCUCGAUGCUGAACUCCUCGACCAGGAACUUGUCCAGCUCCUCAAAGAGCCUCUCGUCAAGGCAAUAAGCUUGCUCAAUUCAGCCUGGAAGGCGCGCUUCGAGCCCGAGCUAGUGCUGCUCAUCCAGCUGAUUUUGUACAAGUUUUCUGUAUGGGAUAUUGGGGCUAGCUAUGGUGCGAAACUCCAAGGUUUGAAGUACGCUGGCCCGCGGUUUGCACACACUCGCACCACAGUGUCUGAGCUGUCAUAUCGUACACUCUUUGCCCAUGGUACCGCCACCUUGCUGGUCCCAUAUUUUUACACACGCCUUCGUGCACAUGCAUUGUCCCAUGCUUGGCCUGAUGCACCUUCGUCCGACACCAGGCGAAAAGCAUGGGAGCUGCUUUCCCGCCUCGAGUCUCUGCACGGGUUGUUGGCUCUAUCAAAUUUUGUUGUAUUUCUGUGGAACGGCCGUUAUCGUACCGUGAUCGACAGACUCCUUGGCCUGAGGCUUGUUUCAGCCCGCCGAAUGGCUAGGCGCGAUGUGUCAUACGAAUUCAUGAAUCGCCAGAUGGUCUGGCAUGCAUUUACCGAAUUUUUACUCUUCCUCCUCCCACUGAUAAACACUCGUGCACUUCGACGGCGCCUCACAAAUGUCUUCUCCCGUUUACGGCCUGCACACCUGCUACCAAAGUGUUUCCGUUCAAUAGCCGGUCUUCCGACGCCCGACGUGGGCAACGACAAGAUACAAAUACGCAAAGGGAGAUAUUGGGCACUUCCCCAAGAUCAAUGUGCCAUCUGCGCCGAAAAUGCAUCUCCUAAUCUGAAUUUUUCGGAUCCUGCGAAUGCAUUGAAUUCGAUCACAGCUAUGCCUACAUAUGACAGCGUCCCACCUGCUUCUAAAUCCAGCUCUACUACCAGCACUCCAGAUGUUGGGUACGAGCCCCCGACAUUUCCAAUCCAUAACCCAUAUAUAACUUCCUGUGGACACGCCUACUGCUACUACUGCUUGUCGGAGCGUAUGAUGCGAACGGUGGAAGACCGAUCCGGUGGCGGUGCAGUGGGUACCCAGUGGGAGUGCCUGCGCUGCAAUGACAGCGUGAUUUAUGCUGAUAAAGCCGAAGCGAAAGCGGAGGGACCAGAAUACGAAAGCGGCGUAGAUGAUGGGGAAAUGGAGUAUGACUACAGCAGCGAAGACAUGGACUUUACGGAUAUGAGUGGAAGUGUGGGGAGCUACAGCGUGUCCGGAAACUCAGAAUAA